AUGGAAAUCACAAGUGAGGACCUCAAGCGUCAUCUAAGCAGUCUACCACAGGAGCUCUACGAUGGGAUCUACGAGCGCAUAUUCACGGCAGAUGAUCGUCAAAUUCAGACCAUCAGCCGCGCCUGGCAUGCUCCACAUCUUCUUCACGUCGAUCGCUCGAGCCGCCAGAAGUUCGCGAGAUCGUAUUUCACCACACCUUCGGCCUUCUACAUGCCACAUUCCAAUUAUGGCAUUGAAUACUUUAUGCUUGCAAGUUGGCUGGCUGUCCUCGACGACACGCACGCCGACAUGAUCCAGAGCAUUAGUCUCGGGAAAAAUGCGAUGAACCCAGUUUGGUUCCUGGACCUGAUACACAAUCUCCUGGAAGCAAGAUUGGGAGCGUUCUAUCAGCUUACAGCCGGCCAUUCCGCGUAUCGACUUUUGAAGAAGCUGCGCAUGGCUCAAGAAUUAGACUAA